GGGAUCGCGCAGGUUGCUGUGACCGGCAAGAGUUGGACGGGCUCCCCCUCCUCCCUUUAUUCCUCCUCCUCUUUGCAGUGGGGCUCCCUCCCCGCUCCCGGAGGUGGCCUUUGUUUUCCCCGUGUCGCUCUCCCGAGCAGCCGAAGGGGGGGCUGGACCGGCCGCCCCUUCUCCUCCCGUCCCCGCCCCGCGGGCUCGGUGCGGGUCCCCCCCCCACACCCCGGGCGGCACCGUGUCCCCCUCCCCAGCCCCGGGGCUGAGCCGCUGCUGCUGCUGCUGCCGCCGCCGCCCCUCCCGGGACCCCCAUGGCACCGCCGCGAUGUUCGCAUCCCGGCUCCUGGAUUUCCAGAAGACGCGCUAUGCCAGAUUCAUGAAUCACCGUGUCCCAUCCAACUGCAGGUACCAGCCAACAGAGUAUGAGCACGCAGCCAACUGUGCCACACACGCGCUGUGGAUCCUGCCCAGCAUCCUUGGCAGCUCCAUCCUCUAUGUUCUCUCUGAUGACCAGUGGGAAACUAUCUCGGCCUGGAUCUAUGGCUUUGGCUUGUCCGGCCUCUUCAUUGUGUCCACUAUCUUCCACACCAUCUCCUGGAAGAAGAGGCAUCUUAGGACUGUGGAGCAUUGCUUGCACAUGUUUGACAGGAUGGUGAUCUACUUCUUCAUUGCAGCAUCAUAUGCUCCCUGGCUGAACCUGCGGGAGUUGGGUCCCUGGGCUUCCCACAUGCGCUGGAUCAUCUGGAUCAUGGCAUCUGUUGGGACCAUCUACGUUUUCUUCUUCCAUGAGCGGUACAAGCUGGUGGAGCUGGUGUGCUAUGUUAUCAUGGGCUUCUUCCCUGCCUUGGUCAUCCUUUCCAUGCCCAACAGGGAUGGCCUCCCAGAGCUGGUGGCUGGUGGACUCUCCUACUGCCUGGGCAUGGUUUUCUUCAAAAGCGAUGGCCGCAUCCCCUUCGCCCAUGCCAUCUGGCAUCUCUUCGUGGCUAUCGGAGCUGGCAUCCACUACUACGCCAUUUGGAGGUACCUCUACCGGCCCAGCGCGAUGGAGGCAAAACCAUCCUGGUAGCCACCUCAGAGACUUCAUUUGCACCAACCAGCACAUGCAGGCAUGGAGGAGAUCGGGGAGGCAGCUUGUCCUGUGGGCUCAGCCCAAAUCACCCACUCACUCCGUGGGCAGCAGCCACCAGUGCCCUUCCCGCAGGGUCAGGAGAGCCUGGAGGUUGAUUUUAAACAGUUUUUUUGUUGUUUGUUUUUUUUUUUUUUAAUCUUGGGAACUGUUUCUUUUUUUAGGCAAAGGUUUGGUAACCUGGUGGCCAAUCAACAGGCUGUGGGCGAUAAGGAGUGACCACUCACUGGGGAGGUUUCACUCACCUGCCUGACCUCGAGCAACCCACAGGGACCUUGGCCCCACAUGCCUCUAGUUAGUGACACCCUGGAUUUGGCUACCAGAGAUUUUAGUGUGGGCCACGCAUGGGACUUGAGCUGUAGGGGAAGGGAAGAGACCUGGCUUUUUACCCCUGGGAUGUCUGGGACCGCGGCUGCCCCAGCCGAGGAGGGGGGGCAUGCUGACACCACCCAGGCUUAGCUCCUAAAUGGUCCUAAGUCAUGCCAGCAUCAGCCGCCCCCCUCCCAGGUUCUUGAUGGGAGGAUCCAGAGUCAACAAAGCCUUACAUAGGAUUGAAACUUGAAUGUCUUCCAGCACUCCCCAGCGUCAAGAAAAUCCUUUCUCUAAGCCAGUAUUAAGUGCACAACUCUGUACGUCACCCCUUGAUGGACCCUUGGAGUCCCUACAAACCUUUUCUGCCUGGGGCACUUUGUUUUCCUCUCUGGUUCUGGCAGCAGCUCUGAAGCGCAGCCCCGCUCUGCUGCACGCGUGCCUUUGCCAGGCAGGGAGCAGAGGGGAGAUCCUGCUCCUGCAUCCACCUGGAUAGGGUCAGCCCAACCGCAUCAGGGGAUUUUCUUUCUCCUCACGUGAACCUCCUUGGAUUAGGAUCGCAGGGCACCUGCCUUCUCUGCUCCCAGUUUGACGAUGAGUCUCUUGCACAGUAUCAAAUUUAACUUCACUUUUAGGACGAUUUCUGGCAUUCCUGGGAAUGCCACAAGGAAGAUUCAUCCAUAUGUUGGAUCCUAAAAGGUGAGCUGUGAUGGGGAGGUUCUAGUAAUACUUGGCUUUUAAACCCCUAAUGACAGCUAUAGCAGUGCACCCCGAGGCAGGAUAACGGGUUGUGGAGCCCCUGCCCAGCCAUCAGGAGCAGCCCUGAUGCUGCUGGAUGGAAAAACACACCUGGUCCAGCUCACCAAACACACCGAUAGAGCUGCUGGAACCAGAAGGGUCUGGUCCAUGCUGGGAGCUGGUCAGCACAACAGCUCUGCUCUCUGUCCCGCCUACACCAUCCCUGGGAACCCCUGAAGACAUUGAUUUCCCAUCAUUUCUCUUUGGCCUCUUGAUUAAUCACAUCUGCAGCGGUCUCAGCAUGAUAUGGCAAGCAAAGAAGAUUUAUAGCCAUUGUCCUGCGUCUUCUGUUUCUCUGGCAGUGUACCAAGGAGCUGAGUUCCCAGUUCUGUCCCACCUCCUGCAGAGCUUAGGAUCCCCCAGCCUCCAGUGCCAUGCCACUUUGCAGCAAAUAACCAAAGAGAAACCAGUGUGAGCCCGGUUUCUGCUGCUGCCUCUCCAGGCUCCCAGGUCCCAGCCCUUGCUCCAUCACUUACCACAGAUGGAGAAGUGGAGAAGGCAUCUGGGCAAUCCCAAACACAAACACAGGCUGGGCAGAGAAUGGUUUGAGAGCAGUGCUGAAGAGAAGGACUUGGGGUACUGGAGGAUGAGAAGCUCAACUUGAGCUGGAAUGCAUGUUCAUAGCCCCAAAGGCCAACUGAACUGUGAGCUGUAUGAAAAGAAGCACGACCAGCAGGGUGAGGGAGGGGCAGAAGCCCCUCUGCUCUGCUCUCCUGAAACCUCACCUGGAGUCCUGUGUCCAGUUCUGGAGUCCUCAGCACAGGAAGGACAUAGACCUGUUGGAGUGAGUCCACAAAGAUUACCUGAGGGCUGGAGCCUCCCACAGAAGGACAGGCUGAGAGGGUUAGCCUGGAAAAAAGAAAGCUCCAGGGAACCCCUUAGAGCAGCUUUUCAACACUGCCCUACAGAAAACCCUCCAGGAAAGUUGGGGAGGCGCUUUUUAUCAGAGAGUGCAGGGAUAGGAUGAGGGGCAAUGGUUUUCAGCUGAAACAGGAGAAAUUUAGAUUAGGUAUCAGGAGGAAAUGUUUCCCUGUGAGGGUGGGGAGGUCCUGGCUGAGGCUGCCUGGAGAAGUGGUGGCUGCUCCAUCCCUGGAGGUGUUCCAGGCCAGGUUGGAUGGGGCUUGUAGCCCCUGAUCCAGUGGGAGGUGUCCUGGCACAUGACAGGGAGUGGAACUGGAUGAGCAUUAAGGUCCCUUCCAACCCAAACCAUUCUACGACUGUAUGAUUCUAAGGAUGAGCUGUGAGUCACUGGCAGUUGGUGGAGCAUGUUUCAGGUUGGAAUAGUGGGAUAUGGGGUCCCAGAGUGGGAGCUGCCAUUUUUGCCAUCUCUGUGCCUCAGUUUCCCUGUCUGGGGGUGAAGGCUCUGACUUACCUCACAGGGCUCAUGUGAGGGCCCUGUGACGCACUUAGAGGAUGACUGGUGUUUACAAACACGGGCUUUGAUUUAAUUUGAGUUUAGGGAACUGGAUUCCCGGAGCCACUGUGGGGUAUGGCCACCACUGCGGCUCAGCGUGCCUGGGUCUCUUCCCCCUCCAUCCUCUGGGGAUGUCGCACCCUGGGGACAGAUUGUGCACACAGCUGUCUCAGCCGCCAGUGAAACAUCCCUCGGCUUGGGCCGAGGAUACCCAAGGACCACUAUCGCGUUUUGUCCAUGGGCUUUGUCCCAUGGGAUUGUCUCAGAAGCCAUUUUGCCGUUGGGAGCUUUUGGCCCUAAAUCCACCUGGGGCUCCCGAGGCACGGGGAGGUGCCAGAAGGACCUUUCUGAGGCCACUUUGUCUCAGCCUCCUGCUGAAAAUCCAGGGCAGGGUAGAUGCCCGGUGGGAAUAUUGCCACCCUGCCUUGAGCCCGGAUUUACUGAGUGGGCUUCUCUGUAACUGAGAAGUCCCCCCCUUUUCCCUUGCUUCCUAAAUUCCUUCCCCUGCAAAGCAGUGUGGGAGGCACAGAACAGGAUAUCGGAUUGUCCUCCUAUUUUAUACUAAUUUUAAACAACUUGUAACAUUGAGGAUGUCUGUGGAGGGGGGUUUGAGGGAUCUUUUCAGCAUCUCGUGUUUUUCACUGUCCAUUCUUGUUUGAUUGGUAUUUUAUAUUUAACACAGUAUUGGGUCAAAUUAAAAACAAAUGUAAGGAAGAUAACGCUAGUGAAUAUGUUUCCUGUGGAGUAGGAUUGAAAUAAAAACUCAAGAUACCUCACUAAUGCCUGCUUGUUAAAUCGAAAUGAGUUUCCCAGCAGUAUCUGGAAAUACGAAGUCCUCC